UCUGGAAAAAAUAAAAAAAUUAAAAGCUCGUUUGAAUAGAAUAGAAUUGUAAAUGAAAUGAAUGCUCGGUUUACAAAAUUGCAGGGGGAAUCGUUUAGAAAAUUUUAUUCUUUUUUCUUUUUCUCCAGAAGACUGAAACCAAUCCCGACGAUUUUACGUUCCCGGAAAGUUGCCGUAACUUGCAGGCAAUCGUGAGAAAAUUCAUCUACUGAACUAUUCUCUUCUCCCUCUUCAAAUCAACUAUGCAUUUCCCCAAACAUGAGUUUCUUCAAGGGACUUGUCGACUCUUUGAGCUCAAUCUUAUCCACAACUUAUAGUGAUAGCUCCCCUAAUUCUCAGCCCUGGAAGGCGUAGCCGGACCUGGAAUCGAUGCGUCGGUUUCGAACGAGCGCGUGGCUUACAAGCUCAAGGGUUUCUUUGAUUUGGCUAAGGAAGAGAUCGACAAAGCCGUUAGAGCUGAAGAGUGGGGCAUAGUCGACGACGCCAUCAAACACUAUAGCAACGCCGAGCGCAUACUCGUCGAAGCAAGUUCCACUCCUGCGCCUUCUUUUAUCAGCGCCAGUGAACGAGAGAAGGUGAAUUCUUAUCGUCAAAAAAUAUCAAAAUGGCAGGGUCAGGUAUCUGAGAGAUUACAAACUUUAAGUAGGAGGGCAGGUUUGUAUUUCCCAUUGAUUUGAAUUCAUUUGCAAUUGGUUUCUGAUCUGGUGGAGACCUGGAAAAACUUGCAAGAGAGACCGAAGGAUAUUCGGGAAGUGAUCUGCAAGCUUUGUGUGAAGAAGCUGCACUGAUGCCAAUUAGAGAAUUAGUCAUGGAUUCAACUCCCUUUCAACCUAACGUACAACCUCCUUGGCACCCUAUGGUACCCCCUAAUCAACCAAGCACGAGUGCCUUUUGGGAAACCAGAAACGUACUUAAUAGCCUCAAAGAUUUACAUGACACUCUCAGUCUUGCGAAAUCAAUGAGUAAGGAACUUGAAAUGUUGAUGGUAAUCAAAGAUGGUAAAGGGUCUCUAGAAGUAGAUAAUGAUGAUUCAAAUAGUAGGAUUUUUAAAAUUUUGAAAGAUAGAAGGAUUGGUAUAGAAUCCCAAGUGUCACUUUCAGUGGAAACGGCAAAUUCUCUGAUGUUUAGAUUAAGAGCUCAAAUUGAACCCUUUAGGGUGAUAAAUGAUGAAAUGUCUCCAUGGGAGGAAAAAUGUGCAGCUAUGAGGUUAUCUAAUAAAAUGAAGAAGUUGAAACGAAAUAAGUGUUGGAGGAAGAAAAAGAGGAAGCUCAUUGCAGAAAUGAUUGCAAAGGAACAUGAAAGGUUUGACCAAGCUGAUCAAGAAGCUGAUGAGUGGAGGGCUAGGGAAAUUGCCAACGAUAUUGCAAAACGCAAGGUGGAGAAGAUGAAAGAGAUUGCAAAGCGGAAAGCGAAAGAGGAGAGAAAGAGGCUAGAAUCUGAGCUUGAGCUGGUAUUGAUUGUGGAGAAACUGCAAGAGUUACGUUCAAUUAGGAUUCAAAAAUUGAAAAAACAAGGUCAUUUUCUUCCUGAGGAGGAUGACAAAUUUCUUGAGAGGGUGCAAGCUGCAGUGGAGGAAGAGGAGCGUCAGGCAAUUGCAGCAGCUGAUACAGAGGCUGCAAAGGGUGCCAUUGCAACUGCUGAAGAAUCUAGGAAAGUGACCUAUAAUCUUGGGCCUGAAUCAAAAGAUAUAAGCCCCAGGGAAGACAACAAUCAGGACGCUCUGGUGAAAAAUCAUGAGAACUCUAAUGUGAACAUGGAGAAAGAAUCUGGGAAGCAAGCAUUAGAGACACAAGUCUAUGAUUCUGUUGCAAAGCUCCCAAUUGAAUUCUAUCACUAUUAUCAUGGGAGCAAUACUGAUAUAGGCACCCUUAUUGAGGUGAGAAGAACAUGGGAUGCCUACAUAAGACCAGGAGGAAGCCGCAUACCAUGGCACUGGGUUCAACCGCCACAUCCUGCGAAUGAGAUUUGGGCUUCGUAUCUGAUGAGGUCAAAAUGAUACUCAACCGACUCAUAUAAAGGAUAUGGGAUUGUUUGACAGUUUUGUUUGUUGUACCAAAUCAAUUCCCUUGUGUUUGUUCUAGAUGUAUGGAACACCAAGAUAAUGUUUUUUUUUUACUUGUGAUGAUCGAUCGAGUCUAACUUUAAAUUUGCGCAUAAGUUACUUCACCUUACAACAUCAAAGUCCAUGGUCAUAUGAAAAAUGUUGAAUUAUAAAGAUUUGUUGGAGUCUUAUUCUCUAGUCUCUA